AUGGCGGAGGCUCCCACCCAAACCCAACAACCUCGUCCGGUCUUCUACGUUGUUUUUCACCUUGGCGUCGGUGGAGCGGACGCUGGCAGUAAACCCGGGCCGGCGCCUGCGCCAAAAGCUUCCAUAGAAGCAAUGCCAAGGAUAAAAGUGAAAGAGAGUGGUAGCGAUUGUAUUAUUUGUUUGGAAGAGUUUGAAAUUGAUGAGGAAGCCAGGGAGAUGCCAUGCAAGCACGUGUUUCAUUCGGGUUGUAUUGAGAAGUGGUUGCAAAUCCAUGGAACGUGCCCGGUUUGUCGGUUUCUGAUGCCUACAGAGACAGUCGAAACCGGAGGCGGCGACAGUGAUCGGAGAAAUUUGGAAGAUGUGGAGAUUAAUGGUUUGGAGAUUUUACAUUCAUUUUUGGCUUUUGCUAGCCUGGCAAGCUUGAUGGGUGUGGCCGGUUCACAUCAACCUGAUUCGGGUCGUGUUGAUGAUGAUACGUCUUCCAAUCAAAACGCUGAUUGCAACUGA